CAAUAACUCUCAAUAUUAAACACAAUACACUCCAUCUCUCUCUCUAUAUCUCUCUCUCUAUUUAAACCAAAACAACAAACAAACCUUAUUCUUACUAUCCCUCACACUCUCUCUCACUCCCUUCCUUCCUUCCUUCCUUCCUUUCUUCCUCUAUUUCCAUAAAUAUAAUGGACCCCAAUUAUAGAGGCGUUCGUAAGCGCAAAUGGGGAAAAUGGGUUUCCGAAAUUCGUGAACCGGGCAAGAAGACCCGAAUUUGGCUCGGUAGCUACCAUCUCCCUGAAAUGGCUGCUGCCGCUUACGACGUCGCUGCCCUCCACCUCCGCGGCCCUGACGCCCGUCUCAACUUCCCUGACCUCGCUGACUCAUUCCCACGCCCUGCCAGCUCCUCCCCUGACCACAUUCAGGCCGCUGCCCACAUGGCUGCAUUGCGCUUCGCUAACACCAAGCCACCCGAACCGGCGCCUGCCCCGGUUCGGGUGGGGCUGUCGGCUAGUCAGAUUCAGGCGAUUAAUGAGUCGCCGUUGGAUUCUCCGACGAUGUGGAUGCAGAUGGCGGCGGAGGCGCUUUCUUUAGAGGGUCAUGAGUGGGAUGAUGAUGAAGAAUAUAAUUACUACAAUAACAUGCAACAUCAUCAUGAUCACUCUAUUUGGGAUUAUUAAUUCAUUAUUCAUCACUCUAAUUAUAUAUUAGUAAUUAUUAUUACUAUUAUUAA